ACACAUAUAGCACGGCAAAAGAAUAUCUAAAAACCGCUAAGGAAACAUCUAAUGUUGAAUCUGGGAAAUCAGAUGGAGAGAAUGACCCACGUAAGUGAAGGACAAAAAAAUACAAUGACUACGUCGUCCGUAGCCAAAGUAGUACCGGUGAAAGCAACCAGGGUAAGUUUCAUAUGUCAUUGUAAUUAUUACUUGAUAAUAUCACACCAUACUCAAUAAUAUUAUAUCAUACGUCCUCCUCACCAAUCGGCAGGACCUAGAAAUACGACUGCAAUGACUGCAUUAUGUACAUUAUUUAGCAUCCCGAAUUAAUGUUGCAUGUAUUGUUAUUAUGUGUGAACCAUUUUUAGUGAUUGAAGCAAGUAAAAUUUCAUUUCACAUUCUACAGUACACUGUACAGUACUUUCCAGUUUCCCCAACUUCCAUGAGUGUUUAAUUACAGUAUAAAUGUAUGUGUAUCAUAAAAGGAAGAACCGAAGAAAUACAAAGAAAUAUAAAGUACCACAUAUUCAAAUAACUUUUAGUUGUAAUGAGCUACACGUAAGCGUGGAAGGUUUUCCAUUCAAUAUCAACACGGAAAUACGUUUUAUAACUUUAUAAUAUACGACUAGGAAACAAAUAAUAGAACAGGAGAAAAUGAUGAAUAAAACUAAAUUCUAGAGCGACAGGAAAUUUCUGUAUUAAUUGACAAUAAGUUAUCAAAAUGGUUCAUGACCAACUGGCAUUCAGAGUUUAAAAAUGCUAUAUUACCUGUAUAAUGCAUUAUAUGAAAGAACUACAGUGUAUACAUGCUUUAGGUGAUGAAAGUGAUGAAAGUAACGAGGUGGAAGGGAAGCGUAGAAAAACAUCUGCCACAACUUCACCACCCUGUCUCCCUUUGGCACCUACCGUCUUUGGUACCCGAGCCCAGGAAUUGCAAGAAAGUCCUCCGGUUCCAAGCAUAUUUCCAGAGCUUACCUUGGAUGAUGAAGUCGUUUUUUAAGCAGCAGUAAGGAUGAUUAAAAAUACCUUAGGGCUUAGGAGUUAAUUGCUCACAAAUUUGCAUAAUGUAGCUUACAAAGUAUACAAGUUUUGACCAAUUUGCUUGGUUUUAUUUUGUCAUUACAGUUGCUGCAACAUUUGCACCUGCGUGUGCAAUGAUGACAUCAAAUAUUGCUGAAAGUAAGUGUCAAAUGUUUAGACAUUGUGAAUGCGUAGAGAUCUAAUACCCAAAAUUUAUGUUUUCUGUUCACACAUUAGUGUACUGUAACAUAUCCUUGUUUUUUUCUUCUUAAAUUUAUCAGCUAAUCGUGACAAAAGUGCGUUGGCUGGAACAUGUUCUACAACUGGCGAAUAUUCAAGUCACAAAGAAAGCCGUAUUGAUGGCCUUCAAAGUAUGUUAAACAAUUUAUUAAUUUGAGUAAUAAAUUUAUAUCAUUUAAUUUGUUACAUGUACUUUGUUUAAAAUCUAAUAUCUGGUGAUUGUGGUGUAUUAUAUGGAACUCAGGUGUUAUAGUAUUUGUUCAUGCUACUCUGAGUGCUCAGUGUGGAGUGUGCCCUCGGGCAGUGGAUGUAGGCAGUCAGAUAAACCAAUUAUGAACACAUGGUUGCAUGGAGCAGUGCUACAGUAUAACAUAAUGCUUAAAAAAGCUGUAUUGUAGCUUUAGUUGCUUCCUUCCUUGACAGAUUCUACCCUGGAGAUGACCCAAACUGUGAGGCCAAUGCGACCAACUCAACAGCGUGACGGUACGUUUUACAUGUGUAUGUUUAUGGAACAGUCUGGAUUGCUAAUAGUAUUUGCUAUGCGACUUGAUAGAGAAUAUACUGUGUGGUGAAUAAUUCUUCCUGGAUUCAGGUUGAGUUUUUUAGUGACAGCAUUCUUUUUCCUUAGUUCUGUCAUGUGGUGUUGGUUCAAGACAAGACCUUGGUACAGGAAGACCUCUUAGUCGGCAAGAAGGCAAGUGUACUGAGCCUUGCUUUAAAUAACUUAAUUAAAUCCGUUAUGGUGGAGUGUACUGUAUGAUAACCAUGAUUAAUGUAGGUGAAAAAAAAGUGUGGAAAAAAAAGUGUGGUCUCAAUCUCGCAAUGUAUUUUGUGUUUUCUUCUGGUGCGAUACAGUAAUUGUAAUAUGACAUGUUAAGAUACAGGGAUUCAAUUUUUUGGACUGUUAAUUCAGAUUUGACUGAUGCGUAUUUCCUUCCUGGGGGGACACCAAGAUCGUCUCGACCACAUGACAGUAAGUUUAACUAUUAAUGUAGGACACUGCUUUAGGAGAAUUGAUUUUGUCUUGUUUUAUGUACUUUGAGCAUGAAUUACAUGUUAAAACAAUAGAUUAUUUUGUUCUGUAUAUAAGAGAUGAUUCAUUGUAAUAAAUUCUGCGUGCUGAUUGGUUAAGCAACAUGCUGAUAUAACUGAAUUCCAAGCAUGAAAAUUUCCCGCUUCCAACAAUUCUGACCUCUUUAGAUGUUUGCUGGUGAUCUGGAUAAGAUGAGCUAUCUGCUAAUAUUGUGCUGAGUGGUUAUGUUACUACCUACCUUUUUUAAGGUAGUAAUAUAACCACUCAGCACAGCAUUUUCACAUUGGUACUACCUACACUGGUACAGACAGUUUUAGUAUAUAUGCUAAUAUUCCUUUCACAUAUCUUUAAGACCUCCAGACGACCGUUCUAAUGAAGCUGGAAACAAUCAUUGAUAAUCAAAAUGAAAGCCUGCGCAUGCUCAGACAAUUAUCAACGGCCACUAGGGGUGUUGGUGGCUCUGAUAUUAUGUUAGAAGAUAUACUACCAGAGUCAAUCAAUGAAGUAGUGGCAUUUAAUGCCCUGUGCGAGCAGCUGCCAGAUGACGAAUUUAAAAAGAAAAUGGUAAAUAAGCUUUCUUAGAUAUAACUUUUGCCUUUCAUUUACAGUCUUAGACAAAUUCUUUGUUAACUAAUACAAGUGCUAUUAUGUUUUGCCUAGAUUAACUUCUGCAUCGCAUCGUGUGGUAGCGAUGUAGGAGUGCUAGACGCAUUUUGGCAAAAAUAG